AUGCUUUGCGUUAUUGGUUGCUGCCUCUUCGUCUAUCUGUCAGACAUUUACAGGCUGUGCCCUGGCUGGGGCUCCGUUCGAAGGUUCGACGGGGAUGGCAACGAGGACCAGAGAGCAAGAGAAGACUUGCUGCAACGCGAGUUUGCACAGCACCAGGCUGCAGCAUUGGAAGGAUCACCUGCUGCCACGAAGGUCUACGGCUCGAUAGGAAAGCCGACUUGGGGCGUCCUGGAGGCACCGACGCAGAAGGAAGUUCUGGUGCAGCAUCCAGUCUAUGGAGAAGUGAAGGUGCGAGAAAACUUUGAGGAGACUCAACGCCUGCGACGAGAGUCGUCGUGGUGGGCAAAGGAUGAGCGCUACUUCAUGGCGCAGUCGCACGUCUCGACGAACCAGUUGCUGAUCAAUGAGCCAGCGGCGAAGCUGACGGGCAACGUCAUGUGA